AUGGUGUUGUUACCGCCGUGCUCGCCCGAUAUGUGCGGGAAGGACUUUAGGCAGUCUUUGAAGAAGCCUAGCCCGAAUUAUCCUCAUGGACAUAAGAUGAGAAAGCCGAGAAUAGUUCCUGCUUUUACAAUACAAGCACUACAGAAGAACACUAAGGUGAAGCCUCCACCGAAAUGUGGUAUCUACGAUCCUCAACCUGCAAAGCCGACGAUGUUCAGAAAGUGUUAUCAGCGAGGAGAAUUUCCCGUGUCCAUCGAAUUCACUAAUUGCGGAAAGAAGCUCGGAUGGAAGGUUCCAAUAGAAAAACUGGACUUCCAUCAUUACUUGCCUAUGUUUUUCGAUGGCUUAGCUGAAGGCACAUACCCCUUCAGCUUUAUAGUGGAGGAAGGAAUUAACGAUCUGGUCACCAAAGGGUCUUACAAAAUCUUGCCUGUUGUGCCACAGCUGAUAAUUCCAAUUAAGAAUGCAUUGGCAACGAAACGGCCUUCGGUGAUCUGCCACGCGCUCAAGUGCAUUCAGAUGAUUGUCACUGGGUCCGACAAAGUGGGGGAGGCACUAGUGCCGUACUACAGGCAGAUUUUACCGAUACUCAACUUAUUCAAGACUCGAAAUCGUAACUUGGGUUCGGGAAUAGAUCAUACUACCAGCCGAGACGAGAAUGUUGCGGACCUCAUCGAAGAUACUCUUCAGAUCUUGGAGCGCUACGGAGGACCUGACGCUUUCAUCAACAUCAAAUACAUGAUACCCACUUACGAGUCAUGUGUUCUCAAUUGA